GGUGCUGGAGUGAAAAUGGGAUGGGAUAAGAGGCUUAGAAAAAAGAUGUUGCAGGAGGCAUGUUGUUUUGAGUGGCAGAAUUUAAUUGCGGAAGCAUCAAGGAAAGGAUAUGCCAAGCAGGAAGAGCUGCAGUGGAAUUCCUAUGGAAUCUUGGAUAAACAGCUGAAGCAAGAGUGGUCAGAGUGUGUUGAACAAAGGAAACAAAUGGUGAGGCCACCAGGUAGCAAACGAGCGCCCAAGUCUCCUGAGCAAAGAAGGAAAACCGCAGAAGCUAUUGCUGCAAAAUGGGCUGAUCCAAUGAUUCAGUAUAGAAGAGGAAAUUCCAAAAGCAGAGUGAAGAAGAAUCCUCCAACGAAAUUGAUAUCAGAAAAUGCAGCUUCUGGAUACACCACUAAGCUACAAUCUGAUGCAAGGUAUGUAUCUCAAACAAUGAAGUUCGGAUCUGUUGGUCUGCCACCUUAUCGAGCUUACUCACUGGAAGAGAUUGAGGUAGCUACAAACAAUUUUGACUCAGCUCGUUUCAUGGGUGAAGGUUCUCAAGGACAGGUAUAUAUACCAAUUCUAUUUCACUCCAUCUUGUUUUCUUAGUUGUAUGAAAGCUUCUGUUUGAUGAAUAUUCUGACACA